AUGGAGAACGGCACCGAGGGCAAGAACUUCUACAUACCCAUGAACAACAGGACUGGGCUUGUGAGGAGUCCUUACGAAUAUCCACAGUACUACCUGGCGGAACCAUGGCAAUUCAAAAUACUUGCUUUCUACAUGUUUUUCCUGAUCUGCACCGGCUUCCCCAUCAACGCACUGACACUGUUGGUCACAGCUCAGAACAAGAAGCUCCGACAACCGCUCAACUUUAUCCUCGUCAACUUGGCCGUGGCUGGAUUGAUAAUGGUUGUUUUUGGCUUCACGGUCACCCUUUACACUUCCCUCAAUGGCUAUUUUUCUCUCGGACCAAUGGCCUGUGCUAUUGAGGGCUUCAUGGCCACACUUGGAGGUCAAAUUUCUCUCUGGUCUCUUGUGGUUCUGGCUAUUGAGAGAUAUAUUGUGGUCUGCAAGCCUAUGGGCAGCUUCAAAUUCACUGCUAACCAUGCUUUUGCGGGAUGUGCAUUGACCUGGUUCAUGGCCUGCGCAUGUGCCGUUCCUCCACUCGUCGGCUGGUCAAGGUAUAUCCCUGAGGGCAUGCAGUGCUCAUGUGGACCAGACUAUUACACCUUGGCUCCAGGCUUCAACAAUGAAUCAUACGUCAUGUACAUGUUCAGCUGCCACUUCUGCUUCCCAGUGUUCACCAUUUUCUUCACCUACGGCAGCCUUGUGCUGACAGUCAAAGCCGCUGCAGCCCAGCAACAGGACUCUGCAUCCACCCAGAAAGCUGAGAAGGAAGUCACACGUAUGUGCAUCCUGAUGGUCUUGGGCUUCCUGCUCGCCUGGACUCCAUAUGCCAGCUUUGCUGCAUGGAUUUUCCUCAACAAAGGAGCUGCAUUCACAGCCACAGCCAUGGCUAUCCCUGCCUUUUUCUCUAAGAGCUCAGCCUUGUUCAACCCAAUCAUCUACGUGCUGAUGAACAAACAGUUCCGUAACUGCAUGCUGAGCACUAUUGGAAUGGGUGGCAUGGUGGAGGAUGAGUCCUCAGUAUCAGCCAGCAAGACAGAAGUGUCCUCAGUUUCCCAAGGAUAG